AUGCGGGCGAGUUCCUCUACCGGCUCGCCAUACCAGUCGUGGCGGAAAUUCUCAACUACUCCAAAUGUUCGAGCCACGGUAAUCCUUCAGAACCCCCGCGUGGACGACAACGGCGUUGAUAUGUCCAUCGAGAUAUCAGAACGUGCUGCAAAGCGCCUCCGGCAAAUAACGAGCGCACCUCCUCAGAAGAACACAUUGACCUCUUCAUCCUCCUCCUCAGACUCCCACCUCCGUGUGACCGUCACAUCUGGCGGCUGCCACGGCUUCCAAUACUUGAUGUCCCUAGAAGAUGGCUCAAAGAUUGAUCAAGAAGAAGACACUGUGUUUGCGGCUGAUUCUAUGGAGGACGCUGGUGGAAAAGGAAAGGCAGAGGUCGUCAUGGACCAGCCAUCCCUGGAACUGCUCAAGGGCAGCACCGUUGACUUCACGACUGAGUUGAUUGGGAGUCAGUUCAAGAUUGUGGGCAACCCGAGAGCGAAAAGCAGUUGCGGCUGUGGCACCAGCUUUGAUAUAGAGUGA